AUGGAUAAUGCUCCCAAAUUCAAUACGCCACCACCUAAGACAUCCAUUUUCCUUCUCAGUCUCCCCGUAUCCAGAGUUCUGCUGGUCACCAUCAAUCGCGAGCAGCAGAGGAACUCCGUACCCGUCGUGGGACACUCGGAGGGCUUGCAGAUUUGGCACUGGUUCGAUGACGAGCCGUCGCUCCGCGUGGGGAUAGUGACAGGAAAAGGCACUAUAGCCUUCUGCGCGGGCGCUGAUCUAGUGGAGCAGCUUGAUCCACCACCGCAGUACAACUUUGCAUCCCCAGUUCCCGAAGAUGGGUUUAUGGGACUUAGUUUGCGUCGCGGGAAGAAGCCGGUGAUCGCGGCGGUGAACGGGGUCGCUUUUGGCGGGGGAUUCGAGGCGUGUCUCAAUUGUGACCUUAUUGUCUCCUCCCCAGAGGCUGAAUAUGCCUUACCGGAAGUGUGCAUCGGGGCGUUCGCGGCUGGCGGGGGGCUGGCCCAUAUCUUCCGGGCGUGCGGUCUACAGCUCGGAAGUGAACUAGUAUUGACGGGGAGAAGAAUCUCAGCUCAGGAGGCGAAGGGUCUGCGGUUUGUCAAUGUUAUCUCCAAGUCGCCAGAGACGGUGGUGGAUGAAGCGAUUAAGCUGGCGACGCGGAUCGUCAGCGUCUCGCCUGACUCUGUGGUUGCUUCGAGAUAUGGGUUGAACGAGGCUUUAGAGGUGGACACUAUUGAACGACAUACGCGCCGCACGACGAAGCAAUAUGGAAGGGCUCUCAUGCGGGGCAAAAACUAUCGAAUCGGCCUGGAGGCAUUUGCGAAUAAGAAGAAACCAAAAUGGGUGGACUCAAAGCUGUGA